CCAGUUGGUUCGGUCUUGAUGUGAAAAGCUCCUAGCUUGCAAAUUCUUUUGUGUGCGUUUUGUCUGUGUGUCGCGUACAUCGGGUCUUGCAUGAUCUAUCUCGACCUUCUCAAGACUCAUUCUGAGUGAGCUGUGAGGUCUCUUCAAACAGAAAUCGAUUAUCGCAAGAGCAAACUUUCUUGAAAAUCUGCGGAUGUCUUCCGGAAAUGACCGCCAGCCAGCGAAGCAAACCUCCUCCUCGUUCGCAGAUGUCUUCAAGACCUUAGCAUCAGGUCGCCGGAAAUCCAUCUCUCCACUUUCAGCCUCUGAGACCAGUAACAUCGAUAAUGAUAUAACAGACACUCGCCGGGAUAGCCGUGCAACAUUUGGGUUCGAAGCAAUGCAUCGCGGAAGCCUUACACCAAACCCUCCAGACUUCCGCUCUCCCCCCGACUUUGAGACAGCCCUCCGGAAUCUUCAACACCCGGUGUUGGCUGGCGAAGAGGUAGAGCUAGUCGCCAGAGCCGUGAACAGAUUCACUCCGGAACAAUCUGUCGCCUUGUGGAAAGCUGCCUCCCAUCUUCUUUAUCAAGAGGAGUCAGAAGAUGGCCGGCAGCGAGCAUCAAAGUUGUUGGACGCUGUUUCCGGGAGACACGACUUGCUGCCAGAGCUAAAACAACAACUUUGCACCAGUAUCCUACCCCAAACAGCAGUUGAUGUGAUCCCCGUACGAGUCAAUGCGUUGAUUUCUUUAUCCGACAAUGGCCGAAAGCUAGAUAACAUUCGAGUUAAUAUUUUACCGACUCUGGCAGAAUUUCUCUUUCCUUUAUUCCAACUUGUGUCGAAUAUGCGAUCUAGAGCCAAGAAAAACAAGCUGCCACUUGACGAUGAAACGCCACUAGACACCUUGUUCGAUUUCAUACUCAGUAUUAUUACGCUUCAACAUCCUCCUACACAUGAAGGAGAUGUCAAACUACUCCUUGACGCAGUUUUCCAGAUUUGCAGGAAAACGGCAUCAUCAAGAGACCUGAAAAAUGCACUAGCCGUUUUUGACGCCACCAUUUGCUACACAAAUGUUCCUAAAUCAAGCUUCGUGUCAUUAUUAGAGGUUCUAUGCAGCAUACACGCUUCCGUCAAACCUCUCAGGGGUCCUACUUCUCGAGUUAUUCGCAGCAUACUAAAGUCUCCCAGUCGGUCAUCGAUGGUUGAAACACUUCAUUCUUUCCUAGAUGAAGACCCAGAGGCCCACAAUCGGAAUUCAAAUGUGAUGCGAGGCGCCAUCGAAAUCUUGAAUGAUCUCGUCCGAGGUUUUGACCGUCAGGAAUUAUCUGAGCUAUCAUUUACCAAGUUGGUUGAUUCUCUUCGCAUAAUUGUAUCACGAAAACGAGUAGAUGCCGACGUGAUUGAACUUUGUGCGAGUAUGUUAAGUGGUGAUUUUGCUUUAAUUUGCUUGCAGGGGCAAGAUUGGUCUCGCUUCGCCGAUUUGCUGAUACAAUGCUGCCAUUACAUCGAAGAGAAUGAUGUCGACAAUACUCAAACACCUACAACCCCAUCUGCAAAUUCAAAAGGUGUUCCGCAAGCCGAUCGUAUCGUCUCCAGCGUUUCGCACUUGGCGCUUUCAGUCGAGCAACUUUGGAAACGCCUCAACUCCGAACAACAAGACCAAAUCAUACGGUUUCUGAAAUUGACACACAAUUAUUUGUCUCCAUCUCAGGCUCGUCUUCUGAUUAACCAUCUUAGGGUUCGACAAGCAUGUUGGCCGGGACAUCCUGAUUGGGAGUCCCAAUCGACGUGGCUUGUUGAAGCCAUCCUACGGAAAUCAACCAAAGCAUCUGAUGUUCGGGUAUUGGCUAUUGAAACUCUUGAAGAGGCCUUUCUUGAAGGCUCCAACUUGACCAUGUUCGAAGAUGCUGGCGUGAUCAGGCGUUUGCUCCAGGACUUUGCUGAUGAAACAGACACGAUUUAUUUAUCGUCACUUGUGUCUGUGAUGAUCGAAAUUUGUAGCAAGGCAGAUGAUAAUACUUUUCACGUUAUCGUCGACACUUUGAGCUCACCGAUGACCGCCGAUUUACUUGAUGAAGAAGCUCUUGCAAAUACAAACAUACCACCUUUUCAAUCCCGUCGGGGUUCUGCUAGCGCAUUAGAGCCGUCUCUAUCAAAUAUUUGCAUGGUCGGUCUUGUUCGACUGUUUCUCCGAUUUUUGAAUAUAUCACCUGACCGAGCCGCGUUGUUAUUCGAAACUCUGAUCUUUAUCACGAAGACGUGGAAGAAAAGACCGCCUGAUGCUUUACUGACCGUUUUCAAACUUCUAUUUAGGCUGCGCAGCGAUUCUUCGGGUGCAAUAAUGGUUGCAGUGGAUUUGGAAAAUGACUUCCUAGUCGCUGUUCUAAGUCGAACACUUGAUAUUGGUGUAAAACAAACUGCCAAUGUAGAGGCGCCUUCCAGUGAUCGAUCGUCAGUGGCUACUGAUGACGGGCUACCUACAAACUUGGGGAGGCUAUCGUUACGCGAGCAACCUGUACCUAGUGUGACCUCCAAGUCAAUUUCACGCAUCAGUAGCUCUCACUUACGCAUAGCGAAGUGGUCACCUCCCAGUUGGACGCACAUUGAAUCGAGAGGUCUUCCUGAUGAACCUCCCACCUAUUCGAGUCCUCUUGUCUAUGCUUAUAAGAACGCCGAGGCAGAAACCGAUAUCGAAGCAGAGGACAACGUCACUGUUCUGAAGAUUAAUAUAUACCUAGAAACGAUUAUAGAUCUCUUGCAGAAGCGGGAUACCCAUUGGGAUCUCUAUAGCUAUAUUUUAGCUCACCUCGGACCGCAAUUAAGCAACAAGGAUUUGUUUACCAACGCAGUCCCUCAAAUCCAAAUGCUACGCAACAUUCUAUGUGGCCAAAUCAAGGGCGAGGCAUUCCGCGAACCCCCGACUACCACAGGUAUCAAAAAGGCGGAUGUGGCCAUCUGUGUUUUUGAUUCACUGUCAAUGCUCAUUGGGUAUCACGAAUAUUUCGCCAAGAGCGAGCAGGACGAGCUUGUUCGUGCAUUCAUGCUAGGUAUCGGGUCGUGGGAUGGCACAUCCCGAGGAUGUAUACACGCUUUAUCUGUUUGCUGUCAUGAGAUCCCACUUUCAGUGACCAAAUCUUUGAAUGCAAUACUUGAUAAAAUGUCAAAGGUCAUAACAAUGUCACAUGUGGCAGUACACAUUUUGGAGUUUCUGGCUCUUCUAGCUCGACUACCAGACGUGUAUGUCAAUCUUCGUGAAGAAGAAAUACGCACAGUCUUUGGAAUUUGCAUACGUUUCAUACAGACAAGUAGGGAACAACAACGCAAAACAAUGGAGUCGCCUGUUAGUCGAGCUGGAAGUAUCAAUACAAGACUUAGUGGUGGUUUAAGAGAGCUAGCCUCUGUGCAGGUCGACUCGGCAGAGCCAAACUGGCAAGAAGGUGUUGCUCAAUAUGUAUACACAUUGACUUAUCAUGUUCUCGUUUUCUGGUUUCUAUCUCUCAAGCUCCAAGACCGUGCAAAACAUGUGAACUGGAUCACUAAUCGGCUAAUUUUCACGGACGAGCAUGGCCGUGGGGUAGUUGAAGAACAGAGUGAAGUGUUUAUAGAUUUAAUGCAGCGUGUGACUUUCUCCGACUUGGGCGACACAAUUCCUUACGAGAGUUUUCCUCCAACGCCCGAAGAUGGUCCUGUUUCUUCCAAAUCAUGGAUUGUUGGAAUGAGUAUUGUGACCAUUGAAACUGCUGGUACAUCAGGUCUCACACAGAUCACUAAAAGAAUGGCCUCUGGUACUACUUACGCUGAAUACCGACAACGUACAGCACCAGUAUUACCUCACCAAAUCCCCGCAACGCCCGGUGUCCUGUCAUUAACCGACGCCUCCAACCGAGUGGCUAUAUUUCCUUCUCAUAUCCUACUUCAAAUGAAUGCCUCAGCUUUCCCUACCCCCAUGGUGAUGCAACCCAUACCAUUACCAGAUGAUGCGAUGACUCGAAGAGCUAUCAGUUCCUUUGAUAGGAACGACAUUGUUGAUGGACAUAAAAUCGGUGUUGUUUUCAUUAACAAGGACCAAACCUCUGAAGCUGAGAUUUUGGCAAACACGAUUGGAAGCGCCGACUAUGAGCACUUCUUGGCUGGAUUAGGAACCAAAGUUUCUAUUCGUGAUGCUCAGUUCAACACACAGGGUCUCCAUAGUGACUUAGACGGCGAAUUCACGUACGCUUGGCGGGAUCGUGUAGCAGAAAUUGUGUAUCAUGUGGCAACGAUGAUGCCUACUAACCCCGAGACUGACCCUAAUUGCGUGGCUAAAAAACGUCACAUAGGUAACGACUUUGUCAAUAUCAUCUUCAAUCGCUCGAAUAGGCCAUUCAACUUUGAGACCAUUCCCUCACAGUUCAACUCGAUCAAUAUAGUCAUUACUCCGGUGUCUAGGAUAUCUGAGUACGAUUUUGAGCGGAGCGCAAAUUUUGUGCCCGACUAUAACAAAUCAUUCUACAUAGUUCGGGUUAUGACAAAGCCUGGCUUGCCUGAACUUUCGCCUGCCUCAACACCAAAGAUCAUCUCUGGGAAGAGCCUUGCUGCAUAUGUUCGUAUCCUUGCAAUGAAUGCUUCCGUUUUCACACGCGUCUGGAACAAGGAAGGUGGUGAGCACAUCUCAUCGUGGAGAAACCGGCUCAGGGAAAUCAAGCGGUUGCGAGAGCGAGUGCUGUCACCUCCUAGCCAGCCUACCGAUUCCACAGAAGGAGGAUUUUUAGGCUACCGUCGCAAUACGCGAGCAAAUAUAUAUUCUGAGGAGGAAGCGUCAACUCGACCCAAUGUGCGCACCGAUUUCAGCGCUGAAUGGAAUUCCGCGACCGAUGGCAACGUUUCCCAGGCUCUGGACUUUUCACGCUGGUCUCGCUAAUCAACAUAGCGUAUAUAUUCUUGUCCGGCCUGACUGCAUACCGCGACAUUCCACAUCUUACCACAUGCAUUGAAAUACAUAAUUGUUUCGGCUCUUUGUGAUGCCAAUAUCGAACGUGGUUGAGAAAUAGCAGGUUGGUCCAGUUUACAAUUCUAUCAAAAGUUUUUCGUUUGUUUUCCCGCCCUCAAUUCUAUCGUCUUUAGCCUACGCUGUCAUUCCGCUUGGUUUCUAGAAGGAUAAGGUGUUCUACGUCUCUCAGGUUUCAUGUUUCAAUGACAAUUUCAUCAAAUUUCGACUGAGAGUCUGGAAUUCUUCUCAAAAGUCUUGCAAAGCGACAACAGCAGAAGACAUGGGAUCAAGGCAAAAGAAGGAGUUUGUUGUUUAUAAUGUAUUGUUUCUUUUUGAAAAUGUGAUU